AUGGUCAAGAUUGCUAUUGCUGGCGCGAGCGGCCAGCUCGCCCGGGAGAUAAUCGACGAGUUUGUCGCAACAGGGAGGCAUGAAAUCAUAGGCUUGUUGCGCAAGGACCCCUCCAACCUCCCCAGCCUCCCGGGCGUGACCUGGGUCCAGACAAAGUACGACGACAAGGCCGAGCUCGUGCGACUCCUGGCCGGCGUCAACACUGUCAUCUGCUUCUUCGUCGUCCACACGGAUGAGGGCGCGCGGAGCCAGAAGCUGCUCAUCGACGCCGCCGUCGAGGCCGGCGUGCCGCGCUACAUCCCGAGCGAGUGGAGCGCGGGCGCGUCGCUCGGGAGGCCCAGCAGCGCCGCCCUGAUGCCGCACUACGACAACAAGCUGCUGGUGCGCGACUACCUGGCCGCCCUCAACAACAACAACAACAAUAAUAAUAGCGGUACCGGCGGCGGCAAAAAGGUGCUCGAGUACACGCUGCUGUGGCCGGGCCUGUUCCUCAACUACCUGGGCGCGCCGCGCAAGACGACGGCGCACGUCAGCACCUGGGAGUUCCUCAUCAGCAUGGACAAGGGCGUCGCGCUCGCCGUCGAGGGCCACGCCGACGCCCGCGUCGCCUUCACCACCAUCGCCGACCUGCGCGCCGCCGUGGUGCGCAUCAUCGAGCACGAGGGCGAGUGGCCCGUCAACGGCGGGAUCCGCGGCGAUGCCAUGCGGUAUGCGGACCUGCUGGAGCUGGCGGGCCGCAUCCGCGGCGCCCCCCUCGAGACCUCGUGGCUUAGGAAGGAGGUCCUGCAGGCCGGGAAGCUGGAGGCCGGGUGGGCGCCCAAGGUCGAGCACCCCUCCCUCGAUGCCAACUUUACAGACGAGGCUAUGGAGCAGAUGUCUGCCGGCAUCAUGCUCGCCGUCGCGGCCGGCGCGUGGGACACGUCGGACGAGUGGAACAGGCUGCUUCCGGACAUGAAGUUCACCGGGAUCGAAGAUUUCCUCACGCCGCUGUUCAAGAGUGAACAGUAA